UGAGUUCGAAGUGAAUUUGUUUGUUUGUUCUCGAAAAAAGCCAGUCAAAACAGAUAAUUUACAAAUAGCAUAAUGUCUUGUUCGGAUACAACAUCUACGAAUAAAACAUGGGAACUGAGUUUAUACGAACUACAUCGGACACCACAAGAAGUAAUUACAGAUACUACAGAAAUCGCCGUAUCUCCUAGAAGUCUGCACAGUGAGCUGAUGUGCCCAAUUUGUUUGGACAUGUUAAAAAACACAAUGACGACAAAAGAAUGUUUGCAUCGGUUUUGCCAAGAUUGUAUAAUCACUGCUCUUCGGAGUGGAAACAAAGAAUGCCCAACUUGCCGUAAGAAAUUGAUUUCCAAAAGAUCACUGCGUCCAGAUCCGAAUUUUGAUAUGUUGAUUUCGAAAAUCUAUCCAAGUCGUGAUGAAUAUGAAGCACUUCAAGAACGAGUGCUAGCAUCUUUUAACAAGAAACACAACCAUGCAUUAGCACACAGUAUUGAAGAAGGCAUGAGGAUCCAAGCUUUGAAUAGAGCUCAGCGUGUUAGAAAAAAUGCAACAGAAGAUCCAAAUGAUAACAAUAACAACAGCAAUGCAAGUGCUACUAACACUAGUAAUAAUAUGAGCACUAACACUGCUUCCAUGAAUGAAAACAGUAAUAGUAUGACAGCUCCUACUGCAAACACUAGUACUCCAGUACCUACUCCUCGCCAGACACCGACUCCAGGCAGCUCCAGUGAUGCUAAUUCAUCCCAGCCACGAAAAAGACUUAAGACUCACUCUGAAAAUGAGUCACUUGGUUCUGGAGUUGACCAUGAUGCUGAAAAUGAUAUGGCUGAAGAGAGCACAGAAGGAACAAAUCAUGAUGGAGAAGCAGAUGGCUCUUCAGAAACAUCAAUUAAUGAAAUAGAACUUGUUUUCAAACCAUACCCAUAUGAUCGAGAUGAUGCUGAGCCAUCUUAUGCACAAGUACGAUACAUCAAGACAACAGCUAAUGCCACAGUGGAUCAUUUGUCAAAAUAUCUGGCCAUGAGGUUCGCUCUUGAUAAACAAGAUGAACUUGGUACUGAAGCUCCCUCGGAAAUAACACCAUUUAUGAUCUAUAUAGCUGUAACACCUGGUCAGUUUUCAUUGCUGGAUGGAAAUACAACUCUUGAUCAAGUGAAUGAAAAGUUUUGGAAAGUCAACAAACCACUUGAAAUGUUUUAUGCUUUAAAAAAGACUUGAAUGUUGGCUUUCUUGUGAAAAAAGAAAUAACUAUCAAACUUUUUAUCAGUGCCCACCACAAAAACAUAUUACCUUUUCAUAAUGCUUGUUCAGUUUCUUUAUGUUUAGUAUAUGUUCUCUUUAUAUUGAAUAUUUGACAUCAAAAAUAAGGCUACUUAAGCUUUAUUGGUAAAACAUGUAUUCUCAGUUGUUUCAUCAAAACAAUCAUUUUAUAAAAAGUAAAGGAUCUCAUUCUCAUCAUAUUUCAUUUCUUUUCAUAAUUAUUGUUAUCAUUUUGAUGAAGGUAUUGGUGUCAUUUUGUAUUGUUAUAUAAUAU